AUGUCAACGUUGACGCCAACGUCAACGUCAAAGUCAAAGUCAACUUCAACAUCAACAACUUUAGCGUCAACGAUGACGUCGACGUGUGGCAACGUCUCUGGCGAGUCGCGAAACGGACUCUGCGAGGCCAAUCUCGUCGAGUCGGCCAAGUUACCAGUUUCCGGUCGUCUGCCUCCUCCCGGCGCCUGGCAGAGGCGUCCUGUUGAGGCGAAUCGCUUUGUCUCGGACUCGGGGCUCAGUCGAGUCUGUUGCCUGGCGACGGGUGGUUGGACGCCACACACGCACUUCGGCUCGCCUCACAACGCAGAGGGAAUCGAGCCCCGCAGCCAUCAGUACUGUCGUGGCGUCGACGCAUCAACGCCACGGCAAGACAGCCUCGGUGUCUGGCCUGGGUUCGACCAAUCAGCUCAAUCUCCCGUCUAUCUGGCGGGGCAAUUCUCAACGCCGACCGGCUCUUUUAUGGCCCCGCCGACCAGCCACUUUCUGCCCGGUCCACCGACCACUUGCCAGUCGGUCGUCGCUUCGCCGAUGCCGAAUCCCGACGGUCCGCCCACUCAGUCGGGCCUACAGCGACUGCCAGCGGUACCGUUUCACAUGGACCGACACACGUCGGCAGGCACACUCGUCGGUUAUUCCACUUCCGGCCCCUUACCGCCCGUCCAGCCGGCCAGUACACUCGGCAACAAUGUCACCGGUUGGUCAACUGCCGGCGAGUUUGCGGCCGCCACCGCCGCCGCCGCUGCUGCCGUCUCCAACGUCGUCAACGUCGCCAACGUCUCCAACGUCGUCAACGUCGCCAACGUCGCUAACGUGGCCAACGUCACCAAUGUUGCCAAUGUCGCCAACGUGGCUAACAUGACGAACGCCAACAACGUCGACUCAAGACUGACGGGAUCGGACAUGGCAAAAGGCGAAGCCAGCACAGGAUCGGUCGACAAGUCGCCUUGCGCCACUUCACCCGGUCGCGUAGACGCCCUCUUCACAUUCGGCGCCGGAUUCAGUCCCGCAACAGCGGCGCACAUGUUGCGGAUGACCUCGUUGGCGGGAAAACUGCGCAACAAAACACGCGGUUUUUCAGGUAGAAUAGUCCAUAAAAAGUGGUUUCCCCCCGGUUCUUUCAUUGUGUCCGGUCGUCUGGGCGACCUCGAACAGGGCUUUCUGAUCAAAUUGUUCGGCAAUUGUAAAUAUGAAGAAAACAAGGGUUUCGAAGAAGCUUCUGAGAUUAGAUGGUUGUGA